CACUCCAGCUUGACCCCACCACACACUUACCAGCUAAAACAAUGACAGGAAAAGCCACCUCUGAGGCUUCUGUCUCUACUCCAGAGGAGACAGCACCUGAACCUGCCAAGGUGCCCACUACAGAGCCUUCUGGAGAGGUGGCAGCAUCAGAGUCCACGGGGCAAGAGGAGGUUCCAGAGCCGCAGAAGCCUCAGGCACAGGACCCUGCAGCCCCUGCAGCUUCUGCCGUGCCCGCAACCACUAAGCCUGAACCUCCAAGCGAAGAUGUCCCCAGUGCCCCACUGCAGCUGACCUUGGAGGAUGUGAGCCAGAGCUCCUUGACUGUGAGCUGGGAGCCCCCCGAGAGGCUGGGGAAGCUGGGGCUUCAAGGCUAUGUGCUGGAGUUCUGCAGAGAGGGAGCCUCAGAAUGGGUGCCUGUGAAUCCGCGGCCCGUGAUGGUGACCCAGCAGACGGUUCGAAACCUAGCCCUGGGAGACAAGUUGUUCGUGCGUGUGACUGCAGUGAGCUCCGCAGGGGCAGGCCCUCCAGCCGUGCUGGACCAGCCUGUCCACAUCCAAGAGAUCACUGAAGCCCCCAAGAUCCGUGUUCCCCGACACCUUCGUCAGACCUACAUCCGCCGGGUGGGAGAGUCAGUCAACCUGCAAAUCCCCUUCCAGGGGAAGCCCAAGCCACAGGUCUCUUGGACCCACAAUGGCCACGCCCUGGACAGCCAGAGAGUUAACGUGCGCAGCGGGGACCAAGACUCCAUCCUCUUCAUUCGCUCAGCUCAGCGCUCAGACUCGGGCCGCUAUGAGCUCACCGUGCAUCUGGAAGGCUUGGAAGCCAAGGCCAACAUUGACAUCCUGGUGAUUGAGAAACCCGGGCCCCCAAGCAGCAUCAGACUACUGGAUGUCUGGGGUUGCAAUGCUGCCCUCGAGUGGACGCCACCCCAGGACACAGGCAACACAGAGCUCCUGGGCUACACAGUACAGAAGGCAGACAAAAAGACAGGGCAAUGGUUCACAGUGUUGGAGCGCUACCACCCCACCACCUGCACCAUCUCAGACCUCAUCAUCGGCAACUCGUACUCUUUUCGGGUCUUCUCAGAAAACCUGUGUGGCCUCAGCGACUUAGCCACCACCACCAAGGAACUGGCUCACAUCCACAAGGCAGAUAUUACUGCCAAACCUAGAGAGUUUAUUGAGCGAGACUUCUCAGAAGCGCCCUCGUUCACCCAGCCCCUGGCUGACCACACCUCCACUCCUGGCUAUAGCACACAGCUAUUCUGCAGCGUCCGAGCAUCACCUAAGCCCAAGAUCAUCUGGAUGAAAAACAAGAUGGACAUCCAAGGUGACCCCAAGUACCGUGCCGUCUCUGAGCAAGGGGUCUGCACCCUGGAGAUCCGGAAGCCCAGCCCCUUUGAUUCUGGGGUCUACACUUGCAAGGCUGUCAAUGUGCUAGGGGAGGCUUCUGUGGAUUGUCGGUUGGAGGUUAAAGCUUCUGCUACACAUUGAAGAGCAACAGAGGCAGAGACUGGGACAAGGAGACAGCUUGGUCACAUACCAGGACGAAGAAGGACAUUCUCCGCCAGGUUCUGCAGACCUGAGGAUCAGGCCUCUAGGCAUCCCCAAGACCAAGAUACCAUAGGAACAGCUAAUGGGGAUGGACCUCCAGUACCUGCAGGCUCCAUCGACCACAUCCAUCCAGACCCAGGAGUGGGCCUGGCAGGCCCCAGGUCAUACCUUCUGGGUACAAGAGACCCCAAAGGUGCAGAGACUAGCACCCUCUGCAGAGCUGUACACUGUGUGAGAAGUAUUCAAAUAAAGGUGUGUGGUGUUA